UAUCUGUUUUAAUAAAUUCUAUUUUUUCAAUAUUUAAAUAAUUAAAUCAAUAUUAUUCACAUUGUAGCUCGGCAUUGUUGCCUUUUCUGUGAAAAAAACAAAACAGGAAAUGCAAAUAAGAAGCCCAGUAGGGAAACCAAGAACACUUAGUUCCAUAGAAGAAUGCUAUCAGGUCUUUUUAGACAAUGGUGCUGACAAAACCACAGCCAAGAGUGUAUCAAUGAGUGUCAUUAGCAAUCCUCUUGUUGCAAUUGAGGUAGACCAUGUAUCUGUGCCAAGUCUGCACAUUUCUUUGGGGGUCUUUAAAAAGCUGUUCGACAUGUAUGAGUCCGAAGCUCAUGAAAUAGACUGUCAUAUGUAUGAAUGCAGAAAAAAAACCUCAGACGAGGAUGACAAGUUUGGAAGCUCUGUCUUCAAAAAGCUUAUCCAAAACAACAUCAAAACACAAUUAGAAUGCAAAAACAAAAUUGAAAAGAAAGAACAGAGGCUGGCAGAAGCAGAAGAAGAAAUGCCUCUCAUUUAUCU